GCUGCAAGGCAGUCAGAGAAGAGAAACAGAUGAGAUUUCAAUGAGGUGUUGAAGUUUGUGUUAGAGGAGAAGGUGCUGAUAGGGCCUCCAUGAAAAGGUGAAAGUGCUGAGAGGCAACCUGUGCAGACUCUGGGCUGUGUCUCAUUUGACAACUGCUGCUCAGACACAUAAAGAUGGACUUCAGGUGAGUCCAGAAGAGGCAUGACGAGUGGAUGCAGCAGGCAUUAACAUGAUGCCAGCCAUGAGAGGACUACUAGCUCCUCAGAAUACCUUCUUAGAUACCAUAGCGACAAGGUUUGACGGAACACACAGUAACUUUGUCCUUGGCAAUGCUCAGUUGCCCCAGUCUUUUCCUGUGGUUUACUGCUCUGAUGGGUUCUGUGAGCUCACAGGGUUUGCUCGAGGUGAAGUCAUGCAGAGGUCAUGUGCAUGUACAUUCUUAUAUGGACCAGAGACAGGAGAGCAGGUCCAGCAACGUGUCAAGGAGGCUCUAAAUGAUAAACAAGAGCUCAAGACAGAGUUGUUGCUUUACAAGAAAAAUGGUUCGACUUUCUUGUGCUUGCUGGAUGUUGUGCCAAUCAAGAACGAGAAAGGAGAGGUGGUUCUCUUUCUUGUCUCCCAUAAAGACAUUACAGAUACCAAGACCCGUGCUGGGACAGAGAGCUGGAAAGACUCAGGAAACAGAGAGCAUCAUGGACGAGCAACAGGAAAAGGUUUUAACGCUAAUCGUAGACGGAGUAGAGCAGUGCUUUACCAUCUGUCUGGGCACCUGCAGAGGCAAAACAGAGCCAAUGCCAAAAUUGGAAAGGGGGUCUUUGGUGAGAAGCCUAGAGUUCCUGAAUACAAGGUGGUUUCUAUGCGCAAGUCUCCUUUUAUUCUCCUUCACUAUGGCACCUUUAAGUCUUGCUGGGACUGUUUGAUCUUGCUAGCGACUUUCUACGUGGCAGUGACUGUUCCAUACAGUGUAUGCUUCAGCAGCGGUAAAGAGGAAGGCAUUGCGAGUCCUCGUAGCCCACCCAGUCCAUGCGAUCUCACUGUAGAAGUCCUCUUCAUACUAGAUAUAGUUCUAAAUUUCCGUACAACAUUCGUAAGUCAGUCUGGGCAGGUAGUAUUUUCAUCGCGCCUCAUCUUCAUUCACUAUAUCAGGACUUGGUUCCUCUUGGAUUUAUUGGCUGCACUUCCUGUGGAUCUGCUCUACAGCUUCAAAGUCAAUGUGUAUUUUGGAGCUCAUCUCCUGAAGGCCGUGCGCUUGCUGCGUCUGCUGCGCCUCUUGCCAAGACUGGAUCGCUAUUCUCAGUAUAGUGCGGUGGUUCUGAGCCUCCUCAUGGUUGUAUUUGCUCUCCUGGCGCACUGGGUUGCCUGUAUUUGGUAUUUUAUUGGUCAACAAGAGAUUGAGAGCAGCCAGUCAGAAGUACCAGAAAUUGGUUGGCUACAAGAGCUAGCUCGACGUUUGGAAACACCGUAUUACAUGGGAAGGAGAAACGGAAGUCGGGAAGCAACACUUCAGAACAAUGAGUCGGCUUCCAAUGGAACGAGCGUGGUUUUAUUAGGGGGACCCUCUUCUCGGAGCUCUUAUAUAACGUCCCUGUACUUUGCACUCAGCAGUUUGACUAGUGUGGGUUUUGGAAACGUCUCUGCGAACACAGACACAGAAAAAAUCUUCUCUAUAUGCAUCAUGAUGAUUGGAGCCUUGAUGCAUGCCCUGGUGUUUGGAAAUGUGACGGCCAUUAUUCAACGCCUGUAUGCAAGACGCUUUCUUUAUCACAGCCGUACUCGUGAUUUGCGAGAUUACAUCCGCAUCCAUGGGAUUCCCAAGCCCCUUAAACAACGCAUGCUAGAAUACGUGCAGACCACAUGGGCAGUAAACAAUGGAAUUGACACAAAUGAGCUUUUGCAUAGUCUUCCAGAUGAACUGCGCGCUGACAUUGCUAUGCAUCUCAACAAGGAGUUUCUGCAGAUGCCGCUGUUUGCCAUGGCAAGUCGUGGCUGUCUGCGAUCACUGUCCCUAAAUAUCAGACCUUCAUUCUGUACCCCUGGAGAGUACCUGAUCCGACAGGGCGAUGCAUUGGAAGCUUUAUACUGUGUGUGCUCAGGAUCCAUGGAAGUCCUCAAGGAUGGUGUUGUAUUGGCAAUACUAGGGAAGGGUGACUUGAUUGGCUGCGAGGUCUCUCCUGUGGAUACAGUGAUUAAAGCAAAUGCAGAUGUCAAAGGACUUACAUACUGUGACCUUCAAGGCAUCAGUUUAAAGGGACUUCGUGACACGUUAUCACUGUAUCCGGAAUAUGCUCAGAAAUUCACAUGUCAGAUCACAAACCAGCUCAGCUACAACCUGGGAGGCAGUAGAUGUGAGCCCGAGACAGAUGCCUACACUCAAGAGUCACCAAGGAAUGUAUCUUCCCGGGAUAAAGACUCACACGUAUUCUCAGGUCUCAGCACUUCUCUACUUACUCCAAAGAAAUCUUCACAUCUCCACCUUUCCCCAUCUCGGUUUUCUCACUGCAGCCCCCAGCACAAAUCUGCAGAAGUAACACCUAAAAGCACACCGCGUCGGCUGAUUGCUACAAAACUGCAGAUACCAUGUGUUCCCUACUCCAAACCACCAGAACUCAGUCCCAGGGUGGUAGAUGGGAUAGAAGAAAAUUCUAACUCAACUCAACAAAAGUUCAACUUUCCGAACUUCAGUGCUCUUCAAGCUUCUCCAGAUCAUUUGUUUCUGAACGCAGAACCUAGAGCUACCGAAAGUAUGGAUCGACUUAGCCAGGCUGUGUCUGACCUUUCAUGCCAAGUGCAGGAGCUGAGGGAAGGCUUGCAUUCUCUCCGUCAAGCAGUACAUUUGUCUCUUAUGCCUUGCAAUCCUUCACCGUGCUUCCAUGGAGACUUGCACACACAUUGUGGUAACAGUCCACAAUCUCCAGUAGAUGGAACAAGUACCUGCCCCCCACUUUACCACCCUCAAAGGUUAGAAAAGCCUUCUCAGCUCUGUUAUAUACAUAACUCUUCUACAUGCACAGAGGGACAUUUUUCCUGGCUUUGGGCACCCCCUACCCCUCUAUGGCUGCAUUGCACAGGACACGAGCAGAGAGACAAGAGUCAGUCAGGCUCAUCAACAAUGGACAUAGAUGAGACACCUGAUGUAGCGAUCAAGAGAGACUCUGCCACCUCUGAUGCCCACUCCCUGGAAAUGCAAUUCAUUCUUCCCUACAAAGGAGGUGGUGACAAUGACCCAGGCUGCUGGCCUAGGGAGGAAGGAACUGGGGUAUAAUAAAGUAGAAUAUCCAUAUUCCUCUCUCCACAAAGACUAUGUGAGCUUCAGGGAUGAUAAUCAAAAUGGCCACAAGCAGUAGAGAAUGAAAUUUGUACUAAUAUAACACUAUUU